AUGGUUAGUGCCUGGAACAUGAAGCCAAACUUUAAAUCUAUUGAUUUUGACUAUGGGGAGAAUUUUUCUAAAAAUGGAGUGGUGAAACUUCAUUUGCAAAGUGAGGUUGAAAACACAAACAAGUUACAAAAGUCUUUGGUGGUUAAGGUGUUUGGUGAUAGUGCUCCUUACCAUAUCAUUGGAUUGGAAUUAAGGAAAAAAUGGAAUCAAAAUGGUAGGUUCCAUAUGACCUUUUUUGGUGGUGGUUGGAUCUUAUGUGCUUUUGAAGAUCUAGAGGCUAUGGAUUCAAUCCUAAAUAGUGGACCAUGGUACGUGAAUGGUAGUAUAAAUGGACUAGAUAAAUGGUCCCCUAAUUUUCAUCCUUCUUCCUUGAAAGGAUUGAUGGCUCUGGUCUGGAUUAGGCUUCCUAAUCUCCCUCUGCAAAGCUGGGAUAAAAUCAAUGUAUAUAGGAUUGCUUUGAAGGUUGGUACUCUUUUUUUGAUAGAUGACAACAUGUUUCAGUGGGGACUGCAUGAAUUUGCUAGAGUAUGUGUCAGAAUCAAUUUGGAAGACAAGCUACCAUUGGGAUUUUGGGCAGAAGGUGUCUCUAGCAAGUUUUACCAAAAAAUCAGUUAUGAAAAAAUGCCAAACAUUUGCUUUAAAUGUGGUAACAUCGAGCAUUUGGAGAAAUUCUGUCCAGAGUUGUAUAUGGAAUCAAUCUUGGUUCCUAAUAAACCCAAAGUAAAUUCUGUGGAAGGUGGAGCAGCAGUUAUGAAGGAGAUUCCAAAGGAUAAUUCUUUGGAGAAAGAUACAACCAAGGCCAAAGAGGAUAAUUGUGGUCCAUGGAUUCAUGUGGACAUGGGAACAAGAGAGGAAAAAACUUCAAGUUUCAGAACAAGUGGACUCGACAACAGGUUACUGAGAGGGUUUUAA